AUGGCCACAGAGAUUAUUUCACCCAAAGGAAUCGCUUCCGACAAUGCGCCUCGUGAUGAGGCCAAGACUCCCUCACGGGAGGAAGAGUUCCAGUUGAUGGGCUCCACCAGCCCUGGAGUCAAGCGCAUGGAGGCUUUAUCUGCUCAUCUUACUCUAUUUGAUCGCAUCUUUCUAUUCGUGGGCGUUUUCAUCAUCGCGUACUCAUACUCCCUCGACGGAACCGUGAGGUACACUUAUCAGACCACUGCCACGGCCUCCUUCCAAAACCACAGUCUCUUGGCUUCCAUCAAUGUCGUCCGUAGCGUCAUUGCCGCUGUUGCUCAGCCCACCGCCGCCAAAAUUGCAGAUGUGUUCGGUCGCAUCGAACUCGUUCUCGUAUCCAUCUUCUUUUACGUGCUUGGAACCAUCAUCGAGGCAGUUUCCAACGAUGUGGCCACAUUCUGUGCUGGUGCUGUGCUGUACCAGUUGGGCUACACGGCCGUCAUAUUGUUGGUUGAGGUCAUCAUUGGUGAUGUCUCUUCCCUCCGUUCUCGUCUCUUCUUGUCGUAUAUUCCUGCAACCCCCUUCAUCAUCAACACUUGGGUUUCUGGCGACAUCACCUCCUCAACCCUCGCCAAUGCUGGCUGGAGAUGGGGAAUCGGCAUGUGGGCCAUUGUGUACCCGGUCAGCGCCCUCCCUCUUCUCGCCGCUUUGUUUAUUGCCCAUCGUCGCGCUAAGAAGUCCGCCGGGCUUGCCGACUACAAGACGCCCUUCGAGAUAUUGGGCGCUAAGGGCCUCGCAAAAGCGCUUUUCUGGCAGCUCGACGUGAUUGGCAUCAUUCUCAUGAUCGCAGUAUUCGCUCUGAUCCUAACACCCCUUACACUCGCCGGCGGUACCGCCGAGAGCUGGAGCAAGGCUCAUAUUCUGGCCCCACUGAUUAUAGGCCUUUUUUGCAUCCCGCUCUUCGCCUUCUGGGAAAUCAAGGCUGUGCACCCGCUCAUCCCAUUCCAUCUGCUCAAGGACCGGGCUGUCUGGGGUGCCCUCGGCAUCGCCAUGUGUUUGAACUGGGCUUGGUAUAUGCAAGCAGACUUCCUCUACACCGUCCUCGUCGUCGCCUUCAACGAGUCGAUCAAGUCUGCCACGCGCAUCACCCAGCUGUACAGCUUCGCCUCCGUCCUCAUGGGCUGGUUCCUCGGCAUCGUCGUCUUCAAGGUCCGCCGGCUCAAGCCCUUCAUCGUCUUCGGCACGUGUCUGUUCAUGGUCGCCUUCGGCAUGCUGAUCCACUACCGCGGCGGCACCUCGCUGAGCCACCACGCUGGCAUGGUGGGCGCUCAGGUGGUGCUUGGUUUGGCUGGCGGCCUCUUCCCCUAUCCCACACAGGCCUCGAUCCAGGCCGCGACCAAGCAUGAGCACUUGGCCAUCGUUACCGGUCUCUUUUUGGGCACAUACAACAUCGGCUCGGCGCUGGGUGCGUGCGUCUCAGGUGCCGUCUGGUCGCAGGUCCUGCCAGGACAGCUCGAGAGGCAUAUCGGCAACGCGACGACGGCCGCCACCGUCUACGCGGACCCGCUCACCUGGUCCUACAGUAACCCUGUGGGUACGCCUGACCGUGAUGCCGUCAUCGCCGCCUACCGGACCACUCAGAAUUACCUGUGCAUCACCGGCAUCUGUCUGAGCUCCCUGUUGAUCUUCUUCUCGCUCGUCCUGCGCAAUCCAAAGCUUACGGACCAGCAGAGUUUGCCGGAGGCUGAGGAGAAGGGCGGUGCGGCCCCCGAGGUGCAGGAGGGUGGGCAGAAGACUGGCAUUCUGGCGAAACUGUUCUAG